GAAGAAGAGCAAAACAGAAGCCUCUAUAAAUAGCGAGAGUGCCAACACACGUCUUAACAAGUAAACAUAAACUUUCAGAUUCCGUGCUCUGUUCAUAAUAAAAAAAUUCACACAGCAUCAGACAUCUCAGAAGAACCAUGAAACAAAAGGUGGUGAUCAAGGUUUCCAUGAAUUCCCCCAAGUCCCGCACUAAAGCAUUGAAGAUUGCGGUCAGCGUUUCAGGCGUCGAAUCAAUAGCUCUAGGUGGCAAAGACAAGAGCCAGAUAGAGGUGGUAGGCGAGGUCGACUCUGUAGAGCUAACAAAUCUGCUGCGAAAGAACGUCGGCCACGCAGAGCUGGUAAGCGUGAGCGCUGCGGGAGAGAAGAAAGGAGAGAAGAAAGAAGAGAAGAAAGAAGAGAAGAAAGAUGAAGCUAAAGCCCAGCAAUUGGCCUGGCCUUGUGUGGGUGGCGCUCCUUAUCAGUGUAUCUAUGAGCUUAAGCAGCCAGUGGGGCUUUACCAGGAGCCCUGCUACUGUUCCAUCAUGUAAUUCAGACAAGAGACAGAGAAUUGUCCAUUGGUUGAUUAUUGUUGAUUGAUGGUCGUGUGAGAAUUUGCUGUUGUAGGAAUCCAGGAAUUGGUUCCUGUUUUUUUCCCUGUUGGGAUCUAAAUUAUAACUUCUACAUGAAAUAAUUGAUUCUGUUUGUUACUCUUGUUUUGCCUUUUUAA